AUUCCAAUUACGCCCUUUUCUAGGGCGAAUUGCAAAAUGUGGUAGUGCACUGCCUCCAAGGACGCACAUUGAUGCACUUUUAAGACUAUUAGCCUAGUCUUAUCACUAUUAUUACAAUGUGAUAUAGACAUAUUCACGAUAUUCCAAGGAAAAGUCAUUGAUAUUAAAGCAUUAGCUGGAAAGUUGUCCAGAUACUGCGUUUGAACAACCCGCUGCUAGGCCGUUACUUUGUCCAAGUCGAGGAGAUUUAAAGAUCUAUUCAUCGGAUUUGUCAGAAUUAGUUUGAGAGAUACACCAAGAUGGCACUGCCGUUCUUACCUUCUCAUGUCUAUAAAGAAGCCCAAAAGAAUAACAUGGAGGGCAAAGCUGGAAGGAUUGUUGUUUCAUGGAAUCGAUUUGCAAGAAGUCUUCGGGAAGCAUUUGAAAUAUAUGUGGAAACAAAACAGGCUGAGUUCCAUGCAAUUGUUGAUGAAAUACCAAAGAAACUGACAGAAAUUUCAGGGAAAAUACCAAUUCGCAAAGUAAUCAUGGCCUUUCUUCCCUAUACAUUCUAUCUGAUAUUCUACUCAAAGUAUACCUUGUUCCGUAGCAUAACAGGAUUGGACAGCAUUCGAAAACCUAACAUUGAUUUUCUACCAUGGCUAGAAUCAGUUGUAUUUCAUUGUCACCCACAUCGUCUUUUGUCAAAAAUCGCAAAUCCUUUUUUGGACUGCCUUGCAGCUGUUCCAUAUUUAAUUCAUUUCCCUCUACCGGCUUUGUUUUUAUUAUACUUGAUGAUACAUCCAAGAAAGAGAUACAGCAUUCUGACAUUUGCUUGGUGCGCUGGUUGGGUCAAUCUCUGUGCACUUUUUCUUCAGUAUAUUUUUCCAACUGCCCCACCUUGGUACGUUGACAGUGUGGUUUAUGGAACAGAUGGACACUUUGUUAAGUCUGCAAGUAAUGAAGCUGGAUUCCAACGUCUUGAUGCGUUCAUUGGACUGCAUUUUUUUCAAGGAGUUUAUUCAGCAUCACCAUUAAAAUUUGGAGCAUUUCCUUCACUUCAUGUUGCUUGGCCUGCUAUAAUUUGUGUCAAUAGACCUUGGAUUGGUAAGAAGUUUGCAUGGUUUCAUGUUCUGUGGAUAUCUUGGGCUGCACUGUACUCGCAUCAUCAUUAUGGAGUUGAUGCACUCGCUGGAAUUAUUCUUGUUUUUAUUGUUAACUUUUGCAUGAUAAAAAUCUGGAAUCCUUUUUCAAGCAAAGACUAUGUUCUUGAUGGGAAAGCUAGUCAUAGAAGCAGAGUUAACGAUUAUGCGCAGCAAGUUUGAGUACAAUUUACGGAUAAAAAGUUUUUAUUCCAGUCAUUAUUUGCAACAACAGUCUGGAUAAAACAUUUGUGGCAAGAACCUUACAAAAAUUGUAUAACAUAUUUUUGUAACUUAUAUGAUAUGUUUUAAUUUCAAGUUAAAACCUCUCUUCUCCUUUACUGUUCUCACUCAAUAUGCUUUCAAACUUCUAUUUAUUUGAAUGGUUUUUUUGAAAAAACUCUACUGAAUGUUAGAGAUACUGUUGGAUAUAAUAUUAGGUUCCUUCAUAAAUCCAGGUUAUCCACAAAACUUAAGCUUUUGUUUUUUAUUUUUUUUCGCUUUUCAAUAAAAUUCUUUAAUUAUUAAAUUAAUUAAUUAUUGUUGUUGAACAAGAAAGCUCAUUUUGAUUGAAUAAAUGUGUCCAGGAACCUUCUUGUUAAUCCAUUCCUUUUUAUCUGUGAAGUACAGUUUUUCCUAUCCAAUCACAUGUUUCUUGUGAAUCAAUUUUACCUCAGUUUAUCUUGACAAAUUCAUUCGUAAAUUUGAUUUAUGAAGAUUUACUAACCUGAAACUAUUUUGCUUUACAAAAACUAGGAAUGGAAAGCAUUGUACAAAAUAUUUAGACUUGUCUAGUCCGUCAUUGAUAGCCAUUCAGAAGCUGGUAUUCUGGGAAGGCUUUCUAACUUUAAUGGUCAAUUUUAAUGAUUAUAGUGCUUUGCCUGUAAUUAAAAUCAAAUCAAGGAAAUUGUCUGGUGAAUUCAGGAAAAUCAUGGUCAUUAAAGCUUUUAGGGAAAUACUUUUGCCAGGACAGCAAAGUACAUGUGACUAAUGCUUCCUUUUAACUUGUAGCAUAACAUACAAUCAUUACACUGCCAAUAACUAUGAGUAGGCCUUCCCAUUUCAUUAACAAUCAAUUAAAUAGGUCAAAAAAUUCUUUAUGGUGUAACUGAUUUAAUUUAGGUUCAUUGUAAUUGUGGGCACACAACUUUUGUUUGAUGCAACAAGAUUUGAUUUUCAAGACUCUCUUCGAGAAAUUCCCAUUAUGAAUCCAACCAAAAGAUGGGUUACUUAAACCAAAAAGUGAACUUUGUCUCUCAAGCUAAGAACCAAACUUUGAAAACUAAGGAAAGAAUGCUUCAAAGUUGUGACUGACAAUUAUUUUUAAUGUUUGACUUUCUUCCUCAUGCUGACUAAUUUUUCUAGCCUCCAGAGUUUCUUGACUAAUUUUAGCAUUAAAAUUAAGUGAAUACAAAAUGGAAAUAGGUGUCAGACAAACAGUUGCUUCAGCAAGAUGUGUGACCUUUAUAAUAGUAUAUUUCCCACUGAUUUAAUUUGUAACUCAUAGUUCGCUUGUUAAAUAGCUGCUUCGCUCCCCAGUUAAUUCUUGUAAUUUUUUUCCGAAAAUUUUGUAAAACUGGUUUAUUGUACUGCUAUUAAUUAGAUGUUGUUACCAAUCAUUGCACUUGUUGUCAUCUUCCUCUUAAUGUUGACUGUAAAUCCUAAAUUGUUUCAUCACCUUUUAUUUAUAGUCUGUAUGCACAUUAAACCUGUUCAGUGAGUUGCUAAUACUUUCUUCGUGUA